UUUAGGGGUUGUAGAUAUUGACCCUGCAGAGAUUUCCCUGUGCAUGUUUAGAGCCAUCAGUAAAUAUCAUCCGCUGAACCUACAAACAGUGAGGGUUAUUGUUUUCCAGAGCCAAAUACUUCCAGUAUUUGAAUUUACACUACAGAGCUUUUCUUAUGUACCUUUACAACAAACCAAGGAUGAUUUUACAGGAAAAACGAGAGGUUUUCAUGUUGGGCUACCAACUUCAUGGACAACUAUGAAAAAUAAUCAGACUCUGGUUGAGAUCACCUUGAACCAUUGGGACAAUGAAUACCAAGAGGUCAUGUCAAAGUUCAAGGCCACCAGUAUGAGAGAAGUGUCAAUUUCAGAGAUACGCAGGGUGCAAAACCCAUAUCUGUAUCAGCAAUAUGCUGCAAAACGGAAAGAAAUCGAAGUAAAAAAUGGAAAAAAUCCUCAGAAAUGGUUAUGGCAUGGAACCUACCCAGAAACUGUAGAUAAAAUCAUCAACAAUGGAUUUAAUAGGGGAUAUUGUGGCAGGAAUGGCACGAUAUAUGGUGCUGGGGUUUACUUUGCUGUGAGAGCUUCUUACUCUUCUGGAUAUUGCAGACUCGACUCAAAUGGACUCAAGCACAUGUUCUGUGUCCAAGUUGCGACUGGUAAUUAUUGUAUGGGUAAUAGUAGCAUGAAUGUACUUCCACAUAAACCAGGCACAGGAAGUCAUGUGACUUAUGAUUCUGCCUGCGAUAAUCUCAGUAAUCCUGAAAUGUAUGUAAUAUUUCAUGACACCCAAGCCUACCCGGCAUAUCAUAUAAUAUUCAGAUAAUCCAUCUAAUAUAUCAAGCAGGGAAUAUUGUUAUUGCGAUGCAAUUUGUAUUGUAAAUGUAACUUUGAAAACGUUUUCAAGUACUACUAAUAACGU